GACCGUCUGAGCGCGCAAACACGCACACGGCCAUCCCUCUUUCCUCUCGCGCACGCCUACAAACGCACGGACACGCGCAGUCACGCACAAACACUUUUUGUCGGACCCGAGAGGAGAGAGAGGAGAGGAGAGGAAGAGUGAGCCCCCUUGUCUCUGUCUGGUUCUCUUGUCCACCAAUGCGCGGAUUUUAUCCUUCCUCCUGGAGACAGGACCGGGAAGCCAGCAGCUGGACCAGACUGGAGCAUGUAAAGUGAUUCUGUUCGGCGAAGUGCAGCAGAACCAGAACAGAAAGAGGAGAAGAGAUGGAUGAACGGAGUUAUUGUCGCGCUUUGCCGACAGCUUUUCUCUGCGUGGUACUUUUGGGAUUUACUGAAGGGCAGUUCUUCCCAGGUGGCUGCACUUUUGAGGAGUCUUACAGCAGCUGUGGGUACAGCGUGUCUUUAGGAACCAACGGAUUUACUUGGGAACAGGUCAACUCCUGGGAAAAACCCACCAUGGAUCCCGCCCUGCCCACUGGCUCGUUUAUGGUAGUGAAUGCAUCGGGCCGUGCGUCAGGACAGAAGGCUCACCUGUACAUGCCCACCCUGAAGGAGAACGACACCCACUGCAUCGACUUCCUGUACUCUCUGUCCAGUCGCGACGGGGCAAGCCCAGGAACUUUAAACGUCUACAUCAAGGUGAAUGGAGGCGCUCAAGGUAACCCGGUGUGGAACGCAUCGGAUACCGUCACCGAAGGCUGGGUCAAGGCUGAACUCGCCAUUUCCACAUUCUGGAGAUCAUGGCCUCCCAGUCACCCGGCUGACUUCAUGUCACCCUCUCAGUCUUUUUUAAGUGCAUGUGUAAUAUUCGAGGCGGUUUCGGUCCAAGGCCACCCAGGUUUCAUCGCCAUCGAUGACAUACGAGUUCUCGCUCAUCCUUGCCGUAAAGCUCCUCAUUUCCUGCGGCUGCAAAAUGUGGAGGUGAACGUGGGACAAAAUGCCACGUUCCAGUGCACUGCUGGAGGGAAAUGGUCUCAGCAUGAUAAACUCUGGCUGCAGCAGUGGAACGGAAAAGAUACGGCGCUGAUGGUGACCAGGGUGGUCAACCACCGCCGCUUCUCUGCGACGGUGAGCGUUGGUGACACGUCGCAGCGGAGCACCAGCCGCUACCGCUGCGUCAUCCGAUCUGAUGGCGGAUCCGGAGUUUCCAACUACGCCGACUUGAUCGUUAAAG